GUCAUGGAGGACAGGAAGGCUCGCCGGGAAGCUCGAGAUAGGGAGGCCCUUCCCCAAGCUAUCCCCAAGCCGACUUCUGAGGCUAAGAAGGCGCCUGCCAAGAAAGGAGGCGAUGUUCCUUCUUCGACUGGAAGCAAACCUCCUUCUUCUCAGAAGGGUGAUGAAUCUGCCCCUACUCCUAGGGUGGUGCUGCCAGGCUUCCAGAUAAAAGAACCUGUCACCAGCCCUCCUCCUCCUGCUGUUCCCUCUUACACCGGUAAGGGGAAGGAUAAGAUGGAGGUUCCUGCGAAGGAGAAGCAUGCCAGAUCCCUUCCUUCUGCUCCCCAAACUGCCACGGCUGCUUCGACCGGCAGCAAAAGGCGAGCUCCUUCUUCAGGGGGCGAAGAUACUGAGGGGGAGGGACCCUCUAUGAAAAGGCCUAAGAGGGAUGUGAUGGUGACUCAGGUCGACCUGCUCCUUCAAAAGUAUGGGGCCGAUGCUACUGUGCGUUGUCCUGCCGUCGCCCAUGACAUCUUCCGGGGUUCCUGCUGCCCUUCGGACGUUGACUAUUAUUUGAAGAGGCCGGACAACGUACUGAUGGACGAUUGUUUUUCCAACCUGGCAAAGGUUGCUUAUGCCAUCCGUCAAUACCGCUCCAACCGUCUUAACGACGAUGAGAUGCAGGUAAAGUUAAAGACGGAGUACAAGCUGCUGAAGGGAAAGUAUGACUCCCUUCGCAGCGAACAUGGCGGGUGCACUCAGAAGCUGGACUCUCUUCGUGCUGAUGUGGAUAGAUUAUCCAGAGAGAGGGAGAGUGCUGUGAAGCAGCAGCGUGUGCUGUCUGAUGAGGUCGCCCGCCUUAAGAAGGAAAAUAAAAAUCUGGCGGCAGAGGUGGUGUUGAAAAGUACUGAUUAUGACGAUCUCAAGAAGGAGUUCGACACCACCGUCACGGCCCUUAACGAUAAAGUCUCAGUUGCUGAGAAGAGGCUUUAUUUGAAGCGAGGCAGGCUGAUUCGUGAGAAGGAGAGGCGUCGCCGUAACACCGCCCAGCUAGCCAAUGAUCUGACUGACUUCACUGAAGCCAUUGUGGGUACCUACUUGGAGCGUCAUCCUGAUGGGGACGUUGAGUUCUUAUAUGGCUUUCCCGAAGGGGUUAACAGUGAGAGUGAGCCAGAUUCUCCCCAAGACUUGUUUGUCUCCAUCAAGUCUGAAAAUGGUGGAGGUGCUGCUGAGGUUGCCGAACAGUCUGCCCCGGGGGUCCAGGAACCUGCCAAGGCUGGCGAGAAGCCUCUUGUUCCCGGUUUGGGAGGUAGUCCUGAGGAGAAGGACUUCGGCUUGCUUAUAUCUUCGGAGCGGCCUUUUGCUGCUCUGGACUUAUUGGAUCGGCCUUCUGAUCUGGAGUCUAUCCUUCCGGGGUCCGAUCCUCUUAGUCUUGCCGAUGUCCCUUCUCCCACCCGUUCUGGCAACAUUCGUGUCGAUGCUUCUUCUUCAGCCAGGCGGGAUUCGCAGGAGGGGCUAUCUGUCCCAAAUAUUUUGGAGGGGAACAAAGAGGCUGCCCCGGAGAAGGUUGAGCCAGAGAUCAUCAAGCUUUAGAUUCCUCUUUUUUGUUUUUGUAUAGGAAGAAUUUUCCUUUCUUUUUUUUUUUUGUUAUGUACUUUGUACAUUUGUAUAUUUUCUUUUGUUAGGAAUUUUAUUUUCCUUUGUAAUUUUUGUGAGGCAUUUGUCCUCUUUUAAAUAUAUAUCUUUUCUUUUUU